AUGGCGUUUUCUGGGACAAAUAUCAGUUUACCCCAGCCGGAUAUCACGCAGAAACUAAAAGAGCAUAUAAAUGACCUGAAGCAAAGUAUCGCUGCUUGGGAGAAGUGGAUUCGGCAAUAUACUGAGAGGUUAAGGCGGUUCAAUCAGAAUCGUCUCUUCCAGAGUGGUCAGAAGAGGCUUUAUAAAUCAAUGGAGCGACCAAAGUUAUGUGGAGCGCGCCCAGGGCCGGAUCACGCCGACACUGUCGCAUUCUGGCGUGGCCUGUGGUCAGAGCCCGUAAAUCACAGCGAGCGCCCUUGGAUGGAAGUGUGGCGAGCCCGAGUGAGAGUGUUAUGA